AUGACCCUGGCCGCUCUCCGUUCGCGCCAAUGGGACCUGGGCGCGAAAAUCAUAACCACCAUCACCAAGAUCCAUCCCAAUUUCGCCAAGGAGCAGAGCCCGAGUCUCGAUUUUUUCGCGUCGACGAACGAGGUGGCUCCGAUUGGGAUGUGCGUCCGUCAGAUGGGGCAAUGCGGAGCUCGAUCUCCCCUUCUGGAGGCCCGCAAAAAUGCCGACGACUUCAUCUACAUGACCGACCGGGGCGAGUUCCAGAAAUUCCUCGCCAAAAACCGCGACUACCGCGCCUCGCCCCAGGAGGUGGACAUUGUCGAGAACGGGUGGUACGGAAGCGGGGAGUGGCGGGCCGACGACGAGGCGAUACACCCCUACAAAAUUAAUGUCCCGCAAAAAGUGCUCGAUGACCUAAAAAGCCGACUUUUGCACUCGAGGGUCAGCCACGAGACGCUCGAGGAUUCCGACAAUUUCCGCUACGGGUUCAACACGCAUUAUUUAAAGGAAGUCCAAGAAUACUGGCGCUCCAAGUACGAUUGGCGCAAGCACGAGGCGGCCCUCAACGCGUUUACCCAGUUCACCACCGAGAUUGAGGGAAUUCAGGUUCACUUCAUCCGCUCGAAGGCGGCUUCUGGCUAUAAAAAGGUUCUACCCCUUCUGCUGGUCCACGGAUGGCCCGGAAAUGUCCAAGAGUUCGUGAAGCUGAUCCCGAUCCUAAAUGACCCGAAAAAGCACGGAUUCGACUACGACUUUGCAUUUGAAGUGGUUGCGCCGUCGAUUCCAGGCUAUGGAUUUUCUGGAAAUCCGAAAAAGACAGGCUUCUCCCAAGUGGAAUGCGCCCGAGUUUUCAAAAAGUUGAUGACCCGACUUGGAUUCGAGACAUUCUACUUGCAGGGUGGAGAUUGGGGAGCCAUCGUGACGACCAACCUGGCGAAGAUGUACAAGGAAAACGUCCUCGCCCUCCACGUCAACAUGAACGGCGCCGGCUCGUUCCACGGCAUCGGGCUGGUCAAGGCCAUUCUCGGCUCUUUUUCUGCCCCAAAACUAUUCUUUGCCUCACCCAACCAGGCCAACUUCAGCAUCUUCAGCCUGUUCGGGAUGAUCCUGGCUGAGUCGGGAUAUAUGCAUAUUCAGGGGACAAAGCCGGAUACUGUUGGAGUCGCACUCAACGAUUCUCCCAUCGGCCUCGCAGCCUACAUUCUGGAGAAGUUCUCAUCGUGGACAAACCUGGAGUUCCGCGACCUUCCAGAUGGCGGCAUCACCAAAAAAUUCACGCUCGACGAGGUGCUGACGGUGGUGUCCAUCUACUGGGCCCAGGGGAACAUCGCCAAUUCACAGCGAUUCUACAAGGAAUAUUUUGCCGACACUCGGAAUCAAGAGCUGGGAAAGGUCUUCUGCUCCGUCCCGACGGGCCACAGUAAUUUCGGAAACGAGCCCUUCGACAAGAUGCCGGAAGAGGUGAUGAAGCAUUACUACAAUCUGCAAUUCCGCCGCGAGCACCCGGAUGGCGGUCAUUUUGCCGCCUUGGAGCUUCCCAAGACGCUCGGAGGCGACCUCUUCGAGUUCAUCCACCAGCAGACCACGCCGAAGUUGAAGAAAAAUCCGGAAUUG